AUGCGCAAGCUGGCUCGCGAUGAUCGCAAAAAACAGAAAAAGCACCACCAACAUGCGCAAGUUAAGCACAAGCAGAGCGAUGGCAAGCAGCGUGGCUCGGAUGGAUCGGGAGCAGUUCCCAAAGUGCAGACGACGAACUCACCGGUGCAAGCCGAUAGUGGCGGUCCGAGUCCAGCCGUAUUACAUCAAGACGCACCUAAGCUACCUACGGAUUCCAUCAGCGCGCAGAAAGCGCUCAUCCCUUCAUCCAACCAGUCAUCAACUCCACGGACUCAUUCUUCUCAAGAUGAUGGCCACAGGCCAACCGCCAGCAUCAUAGCAGGAGCCGUGGCCGCAGGACUUGUGCUUCUGCUGGGCGUACUUGGCGUCUUACUCUGCAAACGUAGAAGUCGUAACAGAGCAGUCGUUACAGCAAAAGAAGCUCGACGCAUCGAAAUCGUAUAUCCCAGUAGGGACAAGUUGACAGAGAGUCCGGCGGAUUCGAAGUUUCCGACCUUGACGAAUUCAUUGUCGUCUCGACAACAGCCUUCCCGCUACACGAUACCAGAGUGUCUGGAAAAAGCAUCUCGGAAGCAGCAUGACAGUGUGGCACUCCCAGAUGAUGACUCUGCAAGCCGUGCUCAGCACGCCAACGACGUUGAACUAUCGACCCUCAGUGCAGAUCAACCUGCCACAGUAACCGCAUCUUCAGAGACGGGUGACCGCGGAGCCGCCUGUCCCUCACCACAUUCAAAUCGAGGAUCGAGCUCUCAAGAUGGCGAAACGACGCUCGAAGGAGGCGAGCUACACAUUGACCGUUGUUUGAGCUAUUACAUGAAGCGUCGAACCACCGCCUCCGUCCCACAUGAGGCUUUGCCAGACUUGCGGUCUCCAAUACCACAACAACAGAACUUUGUCGUGACUACCACUCCCGCCCAGACUCCCGAACGAGCCGUCAAUUUCCCCAAGACCGUCAAUCUGCUCGAGAGAAUACGACGGUCACAGAUCAGGCUCAACGAGGAAGCUCUGUCGAAAGCCAAGAACGAAGGCUUUCGUUUCUCUAAGAUGUCGCCACAGGAAGAUUCUGCCGAGAAGACCCUCGGUACAUCUCCGGCUAUCAGCGAACCACACAGCGCAUUCGAAUACGCCGAGUAUUACGACAGCUGUCUACCUUCCGGCCACCUUUCGGUCUUUCCACAAGGGCUUUCAGCGGACGAUCCUGCAAUUCAAUGGCAAGAUCAUUCUCCCAGUCGAUCGUCUGCACUAUCACCACGUCGCUCCACCACCGUAAGUAUGCGUCAACGCAGUGCCACUUUCAGUCAAGCAUCACAGGUGGCGUGGCCGUCUAGUCCACACGUGGAUAUCGGCUCAAAAGAAGUUUCGCGUCAUCGAUCAAAGCGACGUCUUGAUGCUCGUACUUCGCAUAGAGAGUCGGCACAGGUAGACGAAAUUAUCCGCUUCUAG